GGAGAAACAGACUGACAACAAAACAUCUUCCUCCUCCUCAACAUCAUCAUCACCAAGGGAGAACCAUGAAAAAGGCAAAGCAGGUCGACAAUGGCAAUGAACCACCAACAUAUCAGGAAACGGUGGCAGGCAUUGAGGAGAUGCAGGUCCAGUUUUUGUGGGAUGACCAGACCGUCAGGCGGACCUUCAUCCGGAAGGUCUAUGCCAUUCUCAUGGUCCAACUCUUAGUGACUGUGGGAAUUGUUGCCCUCUUUACAUUUUGCGCACCCGUCAGGUUCUUCAUCCAGACUCACCCCAGCUUGUACAUGGCAUCUUAUCUCCUGUUCUUUGUCACAUACAUCGCUCUGUCCUGCUGUGGGGACUUGAGGAGGCAGGUUCCCUGGAACAUCAUUUUGUUAGUUAUCUUUACUUUAAGUAUGGCCUUCAUGAUGGGAUUUGUGUCGAGCUUUUACAACACCAAGUCGGUGAUGCUGUGUUUGGGAAUCACCGCCAUUGUCUGCUUCUCUAUCACCGUCUUCAGCUUCCAAAGCAAAGUUGACGUGACUUCCUGUCAAGGCAUCCUGUUUUCGUUAUGUAUGGUCAUGUUGCUGGGCGCCAUCGUUCUCACCGCCGUGCCGUUUGGAUACAUUCCUUGGUUACAAGCCAUUUACGCCGUCUUCGGAGCCAUCCUCUUCACUCUGUUUCUGGCAUUCGACACGCAGAUGCUGCUUGGGAACAAGCGCUUCAGCAUCAGUCCAGAAGAAUAUGUUUUUGCCACACUCAGCAUCUACCUGGACAUCAUCUACCUGUUCAGCUUCCUGUUACAGCUCGCGGGAGGAGGUCGCGACUGAAGCGCAUCCUCGUAUGCGAGCUCUGGUCGUCUUCGCUGAAGUCUGGCGGUUUGCAAAUUUACAAAACUUUACCACGCUUUACCUUUGUGUCAGCCUUUUUAGAACGUGUGCACGUUGUGGGGAUUUUGACUGGUGUGAUUUGUGACAUAAUACCUGACUGUAAUACUCCUUUGGUUGGACAGGAGAAGGAAUUACAGUAAUCUGUGAUGAGCUGUCCUUUCAUUCCAUAAGGACAGUAUGGGAGUGAGGACUGAUGAAAGUCUGGUGAACAACUUGCACUUUUUAAAUCUGGCGCGGUUGAGUUUGUGUUCAUGACCAUUUGUUGUAUUUGAUGCAGAUCUUUUAUACAUGU